AAAUUUUUUUCAAAUUAAAUCAUGGGAAGAGUUAGAAAUAAGACAGUUAAGAAGGCAGCAAAAGUUCUCAUUGAAAAAUAUUACAUGAAACUCACCUCAGAUUUUCACUUCAACAAAAAAAUCCUAUCUGAAGUGGGAUAAGUGCCAUCAAAAAAAUUGAGAAAUAAAAUCGCUGGAUUCGCAACACAUCUUUUAAAGAGAAUUUAGACUGGAUCUGUUAAGGGUAUCUCCCUCAAAGUAAACAUUCACCUUAAACUUAGAUUUAAGAAGAGGAAAGAGAAAGAAGAUUGGAUUAUGUUCCUGAGAAAUCCUCAGUCGAUAUUGAUAACCUUAGAGGAGAUUAAGAUGUCAAGAGAAUGCUUGAAAAGGCUGGAUUAGAAAUUGAUAUUCCCAUUGAUGAACCUGUUGUCGAAGAAAAAUAAUAAAAAUAACCAAGAAGAGGAUAAAGAAGACAAUAAUGAAUAUGAUCAUCUAGUACACAUAUAUAACAUUAAAGUAAUUAGGCAUAAUAAAUUUUAAUC